AAUGGAGCCAUGGUUACAUUUUAGCGGUAAAAGUUCGAUUAAAAAAGUAGAAUUAAGAGUUAAAAUAAUACAUUUAGUGGUUAAUUUAUUGAAGUUUUAUUAAAUUGUGUAUAAUUAUUGUUUUAAUUUGUUUUCUCCUAAAAUGAGUAAAAAAACUGGUCUUUCUAAAGAGGAAAAAGCACGCCGUGCUUUGGAUUAUCUUCUAUCAUCUAAAAGUGUUUUUCAAUUGAAAGAGUUGGAAAAAAUCUUACCUAAAGAGAAAGGAAUUGUUGCCCAAACAGUUAAAGAUGUCAUCAAGAGUCUUCAAGAUGAUGACUUGCUUGAAACAGACAAGAUUGGAACAUCAACUUACUUCUGGGCCUUUGCAAGUAAAAAAGCGGAAACUAUGAAGAAAAAGGUGACAAAUUACGAAGAAAAGAUUGAAAAUUUAAAGAAAGAUUUGGCAGUGGUCGAUGAAGAAUUGGAAACAACGGCAACUGAUGAUUUGGAGGAAAGAAAGACAAAAAUGCUGGAAUUGAACAAACUAGGACUUAAGAGGGAUCAACUUAAAGCGAAAUGGAACACGGUUAAAUUCAAUAAUCCAGAGUAUAUUGACGAAUUGAAUAAAGAGAUAAAAAAUGAAAAAAAUGAAGCAAACAGGUGGACAGAGUAUAUUGAAGUUAUACGUGAUUACUGUCGAAACAAAUUCAAUUUGGAGCCAGCAGACUUCAAUAAACAAUUCGAGUUAGAGGAAGACUUUGAUUAUAUUGAAUAGUUUUUCCUCACAAAUUUUCAAAAUUAUUUAGGUGAAUACAAAAAAUCUAUUUAUUAUAACUUUACAUAAAUUUAUUUGGCAGAAAUUAAGAUCUACAUUACAUCACAACCAUUGUGAUUGACUAUUUGCAGAUAAAUCCAGUAGUCGCCAAGCAGCUUUAGGAUUAAGCUCCUCUUGAUCUCGACAUAAAACCCAGACAUAGUGAAAUCUGAGAAUCUUGUCCUGUAAAAAUAUGUAAACAAAUCGUUAAAAUUAUGUAAAAUAAUAGUAAAAAUAAAAUAAUAUUUAAUACUUACAGGAUCCCCUUCAAUGA